AAAAUCGCAAAUAACGGGUUGCGGUCGUCCCUACACCAUAGAAAUGUGGGUUAUGUGGCCAAAAGAGCAAAAAUUUGUAUACACGGGAAAAGAGAAAGUUGCAACAUGGAUUCUUAUUCCGAGUCACCGAUGGACAGCGUACAAGCUCUGGACUUCACCUCUUGUGGGCAACGGGAACAGAGAAUAGCAUUCACCGAAUCGAUCCUGGAUCUCUCGUGCAAGAAACAGACCACCACGUCAACGUCCAACGAAUCAAAUUCACCAAGUUCACGUUCAAAUUCACCCGCGAUCAUUACGAGACCGGAUCAAAUCGGCCAUUUUUCGGAUUCUGAACGGAAAAGUCCUUUCGAGGGACGAACGUUCAUGGUAACACCGCCUUCAGAGUCGGAUUCACCGAGAAAAAUCAAAUACGAUUCACUUUAUAACUGUUCGGAGACACCGGCAAAUAAUGUCAUCGGUUCAAACGCUGGUUUCUCUGUUUUACCAAUGAAUGUACCAAUUCCAGUCGUUCCCACAGUAUUACCAACGUUGCUUUCGCAAAAUAGCGAGACGACCAAAACAACGCAAAUAGUCGGCACUUCUACACCAUCGACAACUACUUCGACGACGUAUUCCAAAGACAUCUCGUUGUCCACACUAUCUCCGGAUAUCGGUAAGAAAGCACCAAGACCUUUUAAAGCUUAUCCAAAAGAUCCACUAUCGCUUACUGUGGGAACAGCAGAAAUGAUGUACGAUCAAAAUUCCACUGAGGCGUACUCGGAGUUCCGAAAACGAAUGCUCGAAUCUGUCAGAAGGUCGAACGAAGGAACAAACAUCAAAAUGCGAAGAAUAACAAAAAGUCCGGGACUGCCAACCAGCACUGUUGACGAAAAGGACGCAGCUUACUGGGAAAGGAGAAGAAAAAACAACGAAGCAGCGAAACGCUCCAGAGACGCUCGGAGAGCGAAAGAAGACGAAAUUGCUAUCAGGGCAGCUUUUUUAGAACAAGAAAACAUGAAACUGAAAUACGAACUCGUAGCACUCAGGAACGAAACGGCCAAGCUUAGAUGUAUGGUUUACUCAACUUGA